ACAACAAUAUUAAUAUAUUUACAUACAUACAUAUCUUUAAGAACAAGAAAACAAAAAAAAAGAAGAAGUUAAAAUGUUGUUUGUCCAAAGAUACUAAUCAACUCAAGAAAAUAAAAUCACAUAGAGCCCAAAGAUAAGGAAAAAAAGAGAGAGUGUGACACUUCACCUCACCAUCUCUCCUCUCUCCUCUCUAUCUUCUUCUUCCUCCUCCUCUUUAUUUCUUCUCUAUUAACAAAACACCAUUGAAAUUAAAAAAAUGGGUUCAAUGUCAAACCCUAACCCAUGGUCACCAUACGAUUCAUACAACGACUGCUCUCAAGGAAUCUGCAACGUCUACUGUCCUCAAUGGUGUUACCUCAUCUUCCCUCCUCCUCCUCCUUUCUUCCUCGACGACGACUCUUCCUCCUCCUCCUCCAACACUUUCUCCCCUCUCCUCAUCGCUCUCAUCGGAAUCCUCGUCUCCGCCUUCAUCCUCGUCAGCUACUACACUCUCAUCUCCAAAUACUGCCAUCGCCACCACCAAAACUCCUCCUCAGAUACUACUCUUAACCUUAAUAACAGUGACGGCGGUGCCUUCUCCUCCACGCAAAGACUCUCCAACACUACAACAACUGGAGAUGGUCUCAACGAGUCUACGAUCAAAUCAAUCACGGUUUACAGAUACAAGAAAGGAGAUGGUUUCGUGGAUGGCUCUGAUUGCUCUGUUUGUUUAAGCGAGUUCGAAGAGAACGAGAGCUUGAGACUGUUGCCUAAAUGUAACCACGCGUUUCAUCUCCCUUGUAUCGAUACUUGGUUGAAAUCUCACCCUAACUGCCCUCUUUGCCGCGCUUUUGUCACCGCCACAUCCGAAAACAACACCGUGGUGGAUGAUGAUGCUGACUCAAUACUCGUCGUAGCUAACCGAUCGAGUUAUGUUCACCAAACCGUAACGGAACCGGAAACCAAUUCGAAUGUAACCGGUUAUCAUCAACACGGAACCGGCGAUUUCGAUUCCGUUGUCGUAAUCGAAGAUCUGGAAAUCGGAUCUCGGAACAGUACUACCGACGGUAGAUCGGAAUUACAGCUGACGGAGGAUAGACGAGAGAGUAAAGAUGGAGAUUUGCUAAGGAUUCGGAGAUCGGCGUCGCUGGACUCUGGUGUAGUGGUUUCGAUCGCUGAUGUGCUGCGAGAGAUUGAGGACGAGGACGAAGACGAAAGAGAAACCGCCGGCGUCGGAACUUCGCGGCGGAGAGAGGAAAGGGGAGAAGGUGGCGACGGGAAGACGGCGGGGAGUGAAAGAAGCGGAGUUUCGAAUUUUGUGGUAAGGAGUUUAUCAACGGGGAGAUUUGUUUUCUCAACCCGGUAUGAUCGAUCUAGAAAUUACCGUUUACCCAAUUAAAAUAUUAUAAUACGUUAAUUUGUUUUUUUACUGUAUCUAGUAUUUACUGAUAAUUUAAUUAUACACAGUUCUUCACUUAUAGUAAUCACUUUUUGAAGAA